AGUAGCCUGGUAAUAAUGCAACGUGAAGCUAGAAAUUACAAAUGUGCAGUUUUCAGACAUGAAAAAGUUUAUGAAACGAAAAUAAGGCAAGCGAGAUAAAGACCGCCCCUUAUGGAUCAAGUAAACGCAACCAACGGCAGCCACACCACCAACGGGACAGCCGUUCAAGAUGAAGACUGGACGCAGACAGUCGCGUUCAAACUACGAACGUCUAUACUACUUCUUAUUGUCAUCAUGGCGGUGCUGGGGAACCUACUCGUCAUCGUCAGUGUUAUGAGGCACAGAAAACUCCGUGUCAUUACGAAUUACUUCGUUGUCUCACUGGCAUUUGCCGACAUUCUAGUCGCAAUGGCAGUGAUGCCAUUCAACUUCAGUGUCCAGUUCUACAACGGGUGGAUCUUCGGCAGCACCAUCUGUGACUUGUGGAACUCCUCAGAUGUGUACUUUACGUCCACAUCUAUAUUACAUCUGUGCUGUAUAUCGGUGGAUCGAUAUUAUGCUAUUGUGAAGCCCUUGAAAUAUCCUAUAAAGAUGACAAAGAGGAUGGCGUUCGUUAUGUUAGCAGCGACAUGGCUUAGCCCCAUUACCAUAUCCUACGCGCCAAUCUUCAUGGGGUGGUACACAACCAACGAACACAUGCUUGAGCGAGAAAAGAACGAUACAGUCUGUGAAUUUAAAGUUAACAAACCAUACGCAGUUAUAUCCAGUUCAAUAUCAUUCUGGAUACCAUGUACGAUUAUGAUAUUUACCUACCUCGCUAUAUUCAAAGAAGCAAAUCGCCAGGAAAAGGCCUUACAUGCCAGAGCUGGUAAUGCCAUGCUCAUGCAUAGACACUCAAGAGAAGUGAGCGAUAAAAAUGGUGCUUUGCACAUAAAUGCAAAUACUCCUACUAAAGACAAAAAUAUAUUGAAGAUGAAAAGAGAACAUAAAGCGGCAAGGACUCUAGGCAUUAUAAUGGGUGCCUUUAUCCUCUGCUGGUUGCCGUUCUUCCUUUUCUACUUGUCUACAUCUCUUUGUGAUACGUGCACUUACCCAGAAGUAGUGACUGUGAUUAUGUUUUGGACUGGGUAUUUUAAUUCUGCGUUAAAUCCAAUCAUUUAUGCAUAUUUCAACAGAGACUUUCGUAAUGCGUUUAAGAAUACUUUAGCUUGCGCGUUCUGUAGUUGUAGAAGGAGACCUUCGGAUUUAGAUGCGAUGGACCGGUUAGAUAGAAGGGGAUCAGCUCAGUUGAGGGUACCUAUUCCAUCUAGAAGAGCAUCAGAUUUGGCAAGUCUUUGA